AUGAAGAAACGUCACCCAUUCAAUGUGUACAAAGGAAGUGACAUUGCCGUUGUAAAACUUGACGUGGAGAAACUGCCUGCAGAAGUCAUCCCAUUCUGCAUGCCGAAAACAUCAGACCGUUUGACAGCCGGAGAUGAGCUCGAAAUAAUUGGCUAUGGGCCAGCUAAAAGCUUCGAUGGCAAAACAAGACGGCUUCCUCGAUCAGCAAUUUACGUCGUGAACUCCUCAAAAGAAUGUAGUGAGAGGUUCCGCCAGGGAAACAACUUUGAUCCUAAACAUGAAAAUUGCGGCUAUCCGAAAGAUCAUCUGGUGAAAGUUCACCAUGAGGAUGCUGGUGGGCCAGUGGUUCGCAACAAAGUUUUACGGGGCAUCGUUCGUUGGACUGCGAGCGAUUCUACGUUAGGCGACACUGUGGUGUUCUCAGACAUAGUUGCUUAUACUCCAUGGCUGAAACUAGCGGUGAAGCAUUUGCCGAGCACCAGGAAACAUGGUGUAUACCAGCUAUCGCUUGGAGGUACUUUAUACCCUAUGCAGGUCCUUGAGACAGUGGCUCCUACCCGACAGCGGGCAUCGGUGCAAUAG